AUGUCUCAAGCCGACACCGUUUUCCAGUCCCGAUCGGACGGUAUCUCAGCCGAAGGUGUGCGCGAUCAGUAUGCCGAUGGAAAGGCAGCCAAAGUGUGGGAGAUUUUCAUUGGAGACAAAAAGUCUCGCACGGAAAAUUAUCGCAAUUUCCUGGUUGAAAAACUGCGCCAAAAUGGGGUACGACGCAUAUUGGAUGUUGCUUGUGGAACGGGUGUGGAUUCGAUCAUGCUGCUGGAAGAAGGAUUCGAAGUCGUCUCCAUUGAUGCUUCCGACAAGAUGCUGAAGUAUGCGCUAAAGGAACGCUGGAAUCGCCGCAAGGAACCCAACUUUGAUAAAUGGGUUAUUGAGGAGGCAAACUGGCUCACGCUGUACGAUGAUAUAAAACAUUUGCUUAAUGGAGGCUUCGAUGCCGUUAUGUGUCUGGGAAAUUCGUUCGCUCAUCUACUGGAUAACUUUGGCGAUCAGCGCGAACAGAUUCAGGCCAUUCGUAACUUUGAAAAAUGCGUUAAGCCUGGAGGUUUGCUACUGAUCGAUCACCGCAACUACGACAACAUCAUGGACACUGGGGCAACGCCCGCCAAGUGCAUCUAUUACAAUAGCAGCCACACGACAGACAUCAAAACGUCAGUACUGUACGUAGCCUCAAAGCCGACGCUCGUCACACUGGACUAUCAGAUUAGCACGGGUAACGAUGUCAGUGAGUUCCGAUUAUCGUACUACCCGCACAAACUGCGCGUGUUUGAACAAAUUCUUCAGACUAUCUUCCGAGGCAACAAGCUGCACGAAAUCAAUGGUGACUUUAAGCCACUAACCGGAGUCUCCAAUCCGGCCUUUUACAUUCACGUUGUCCAGAAAGCUUCAUCCUAA